AUGGGACAAAAUCAAUCCACCUCCACCACCACCAACAGCAGCAUCACCACCACUACUUCCACUUUUGAUUCAACAAGUUCUUCUUCGGAAGAAUUAAAAUCUCCUCCUUCUCCUCCGCCUUCUCCGAACAAGAAAUUCAAAUCAUCGUUCAAGUUCUUCAAAUCUUCCUCAACUCCAAAAAAAUACACAAAUGACUCGACUCAGAAAAGCCCCUCCUCCUCCUCCAACUCUUCUCUUGCCUCCAACGGAGUUCUUUCCAACACAACGGCCAUUCCGAUGUCUCUUCCGAAAACCAGUGACGGACUUUACACCUUAAAUUUCACAAUGGAUCAAUUAGAUGAAAUCAAAGCCUUCUUUGAAAAGUAUGGAUUCGUCGUGGUGAGAAAUGUCUUGUCGGAGAAACAAAUUGAGGAGACGAUUGAAGAAAUUUGGAAGAUUAUUGAAGGAACGGAUGAUUCCACAAAAUCCGUCAUUGAAAGUUUAAGAGAAUUUCACAAUGGAGGAAAUACGGAAAGUUCAUCCAAUGGUGUCUCUUGUAAUGAAUCGAAUUCGAAUGGGAAUUCCAAUUCUAAUAAUGCUUUUACACCGGUUCAGAGAAAUGAUCCGACGACGUGGCGAGAAGAAUGUGGAUGGCCAGAGUUUGACAAUGUCGGAAUUUUGGGAAAUCAACCUGCAAUGGGUAUUUGUGCUAUGGAAAAUCGACAAAACGAAAAUAUUUACAGAAUAUUUAAUCUCCUCAUGAAUGGAUGUAACAAAUUAUGGGUGGGUUUCGAUACGUAUGGAGUUAUGAAACCAACCAAAGACGUUCUCUGUAAAGAUGGAAAAACUCGAAAAGAUUUUCCACAGUACAAAACAAAAUCAAAUUGGUUACAUUGGAGACUCAAUCCAUGGAAACUCUUCAAACAAUAUCAAACACUGAACACCAAUUUACAAAAGCAUUUGAAUUCUAGCACUUUAGACCAAUUACCUAAUUUGGUAAAUUCAUCAAGUCUGACAUUUACAGACAUUGGAUCCAGUCGAGGAUUAUUCAAUUCAAGUCCUCUCACAGAUCAUGCAUCAUCACCUCAUUCACACCAAAACAACAACCACAAUCACAACCAUCAAAAUUCCUCAAAUCUCGAACCCUCCAAAUCCUCUUCUCCUUCUUCUUCUUCCAAAAAAAAGAAAUCCUCCUCUUCUUCUUCCUCUUCUUCUUCUUCCUCCAAAUAUUCUCCAUGCGAACGUGCUCUCUCUCUUCUCAAGACUUGCACUCCCCGAAAAUUCUUGCUCAAUGAGGAUUACGGCAUUUUUCCAUUAAUGGACUCGGAGAGCGCCCUCGUCUCGAAUCCCGCCAAAGACUAUUUGCGCGACGAGUUCAAACUUCAAGGUUUGAUUAAUUUGGUGGAUUCGAGAGAGCAAGACGGAGGUCUCCUGUUGGUUCCGAGUUUUCAUACGCCUGAUAAUUUUCUGACGUGGACAAGGGCCACUUAUAAGCGAUUUGGUACCAUUACGGAACAUCAGGAUUCAUUUAUCAAAGUGCCACUUUCUUAUGAUUUGUAUCCAUAUGCGAAACCAAUUUCAUUGCCAGCGGGAGCAUUGUUGGUGUGGGAUUCGAGAAUUCCAUCGUGUACUUAUUCGAAUGAUUCAGAUCGAUUUCAUAUGGUUCAGUAUAUUCGAAUGUUUAAAUGUGAAAAGUAUAUGGAUUCGAGUGUGGUGAAUGAGAGUACGAACACGACCUUUUUUGAAAUGCGAAGACAAAUGAUUCUUCAACAAAUGCCUAAAGACUUUGUGCCUUCACCCAUUGGUAAGAAAUUGUUUGGAUUGGAGGAAUGGUAA